AUGGACAACAGCUCCUACUUCAACCUAAGCAUCUUCCUAAACAUCGGUCCUUACCGUUACCCAGCCUUUGUGUUGUGCAUGUUGCUGUACGUCUUCAUCGUCUGUGCUAACCUCGUCAUCAUCGUGGUGAUACUGCGUGAGCGAGCGCUGCACGAGGCCAUGUACGUCUUCAUCGCUCUGCUGUCGGCCAACGCUCUGUACGGCUCCGUGGGCUUCUUCCCCCGCUUCCUGCUGGACAUUCUGUCUGACGCUCAUUUGAUCGGGCGUCCGGCCUGCUUCGCACAGAUCUACGUCAUUUACAGCUACGCCUUCUCAGAAGUCACCAUUCUAGGAGUCAUGUCCUACGACCGAUACGUGGCUGUGUGUCAGCCUUUACAUUACCACAGCAGGAUGACCUCCAGGAGGGUCAAGCAGCUGGCAGCUCUCGCUCUGAUCUUCCCGUCUCUGUUCGUUUGUCUGUCCGUUUACAUGUCUGCCAGGCUUCCUCUGUGUGGCAGUACGAUUCAGAAGCUGUUCUGUUCCAACUGGCAUGUGGUGAAAUUGGCAUGUGUUCCCUCUGCUCUCACCCAGAUCAUUGCUGUGGUUGGAGCCAUGAUCAUCUCUUUUGUCACUCUGUUUUGUAUCUUGUAUUCUUAUUGUAGGAUUAUACAUCUGUGUUGGAAAAGCGCUUCAGGUUUUCAGACAAAGGUGUUUCAGAGCUGUCUGCCUCACAUCGUUUCAAUAGGGAUUAAUUGUGUCACAUCGUUUUCUGAUUCUGUCCUGAACAGUUAUAACGUUCAGGACAUGAAUCCAUUAGUCGCUAUUAUAGUUUCAUUGGAAUUUCUCAUUAUUCCCCCGAUUUUAAACCCGCUUAUUUAUGGGCUGAAGUUGCCUGAAAUCAGAACACACAUUGUCAGGUUGUUUAAGUUUAAGAAUAAUAUUUAGAGGAAUAAUGAACAAAGAGAUCUCAUAUGCAGGUGUAGUGAAAAUGUUACGGCUUUUGUGUGUAUUUGCUGUCAUUUUUCCUAUAAUUGUUUUUCCAAUAGGUUUUUUGCAUGUGAAGUUUACAACCAUAAAUCCUUCAACGGUAAAAGCAACAACGCUUUCCUGACAAAUCCAGUGAGAAUGUUUAGUUAUUAUAGCAGCUGGAAACUGUAGCAGGAUCAGAAACAGUGGAUCACUGUGUGGUGUCCCUAAAGCCCAGAGUCCUGCUGUCUUUGAGCGUGUGUUCUGGUUCUACGGUACCGGACCCUCUGGUUCCACUCCUGGACCUGUGUGGCUGCCUCCUGCCUUGUAUUUAGCAUAGUUCACACACUGAGCUCUGGCAUCGUUGUUGGACUCAACUCGUAUCAUGUCCACCUUCUCCCACCUUUUCUGACAGUGGUCAGUUCUUUCUCAUGUUUUCAAUAAACCUUGAACAUAAUCUUUUGGUUACCAUUUCCUUCUUGGGUGCUUUUAAGGAUUAAUCUUAAUCUUAUUCAACACACACACAAAGGAUUGUUAAAGUUCACUGUGCAUAAGGUCCAAAAAUGAGAAUGAGCCUCUGUCACAGAAGCCUUCAUGACUAAUUGCACUAAUCAGACUUGUAUCAGCUUCCAACCUAAAUCUGUUAAAUUUCAAAUCAAUCUUUGACAGCAUCAAUAUUAGAUUUAUUUAUUUCAGUAAGAUUACUGCAGUUUUAAGGUCUUGAAUAUAUAAUGAUGAUAAUGAUGUAAGACCGGUCUGGAUGUGACUCCCACGGUGUGGGGAGGAGGGCGGACA